AUGCAUGUAUUACUUGGUGAAAAAGAAGCGUUGAAAGGUGUUGGUAGUAGUAAAGUUUUAGAAAGUGGUCCUGAUGAUAAUGUUUUUAUUUAUUUUACUGAUCAUGGUGCUGUUGGUAAAUUGCUUUUCCUCAUGGUGAUUGACGCAUGUGAAUCAGGUUCAAUGCUUGAAGAUCUUUUACCAAAUAAUAUAAAUGUUUAUGCAACAACAGCAUCAAAUGCUCAAGAAUCAUCCUAUGCUUGUUAUUAUGAUGAUAAACGACAAACAUAUUUAGGUGAUGUUUAUUCAGUUGUUUGGAUAGAAGAUUCCGAUGCUGAAGAAAUUGUCUUUGAAUUUCAAGGUGCAAGUAAACAAUUAUAUAAAUCAAAUCAUAAUAUCUUGAAAAAAUAUUAUAAUACUUUACUUCGACUUCAAUUGCUUUAUCAAUCUGUAACAGAACGUAUUCAAGAAAAAUGUUUUGAUCUACAAAAUGAAUUUGUUCUUCACAAACUUUAUAUUAUGGCUAAUUUAUGUGAAAUUGGUUUAUUUGAUUUCACCAUUCAUCAAGCUAUUGAUCAAGUAUGCAAUGAACGGCUUCAUUUUGAUUAUUAA